ACGAUACAAAAGGGAACAAACUCAUCAAUUCUACGUCAGAAAUCGCUGAACAUAGCUCAAAAUGCCCGGGCGUGUGAAGCUCACCUCUGCCGCACCGGUGGAGGCAAUCCCUUCCACAAAACCACCAGCGACAGAAAAUCCUGUUUCUGUAGCCAAGGGACCUCGGAAACGCUCGGCAUCCUCUACGAGCUCCCCCCCGAGCUCCAAACUGAAGAAGAAAACUGCUGAGGCAACUAUCGUUGAGCUUGGUGAGCUAGCACCAGCACCGGAGCCAGUGCCAAAGUGGGCGCCAGAGAAGAAAGCAGCUGGAAAACCUCGAGAAAAGAGUACCACGACCAUGCUAACCAUUUAGAUUCCCGGACCAAGGUGCUAACGUGGUCUACCAGAAUUUCCAUGCACCGAACCUGGAUGCGACAAGCGCUUCACCCGCCCCUGCCGCCUAGCGGAGCACCUACGAAGUCAUACUGGCGAACGGCCUUUUCAAUGUUCGGUUGAGGGGUGCGAUAUGUCCUUCCUCAGGGAGUCGCAUCUUAAAGCGCACACUCGAGCAAAGCAUUUGCAGGACAAGCGCUAUGUAUGCACGUUUGUCAUCCCCGAAGGGGAGGAAGCUCAGCUUGGAGAUUUUGGGUUCAAGAGGAUUGCAGGACAGGGAGGGAAGGUGGUUAACGGUGGGAGGGAGUGCGGGGCUAGGUUUACUACGAACCAGCACCUUAAGAGGCACUUGGAAAGCCAUCAGAAGUCUUUCCCCCAUGUUGUAGGUUUCCCCUUUGUGGGGUCUUGCUUGUGGAGAUGGGUUGAUAACAGUUGCACAGUGUGUGGAUUAUCCCCCUUGUAAUGAGGGUUUCCGAAAACGUGGGCCGCUGGCACGGCACAUCCGAGAAACCCACUGCGGGUUGCUUCCCUGGGCAUGUCCUCAUAUGGACGCCGACGAUUCUACGAAGCAUUGCUCAUACGCAAGCGACACAAAACGGAAACUGGAGACCCACAUUGCAUCCCAGCACAGCAGUAUCCCAAAACUCCGGUUCUGGUGUGACAUUUGCCAGAAGAAUCCCGGUCCGCCCCCGCUGGAGGACAUAUCCACAAAUGACACAGCCUUCCCCAUCCAACGCACAAUUCUGCCGGACACAACCUCUUUUAGCUCUUACAGAGAGCUCCGUGCCCACACCAACGCAGCUCAUCCACCAACAUGCCAGCACUGCUCCCACCGCUCGCCCAAUCAUAAAGCUUUAAAGCUGCAUAUACACAACAAACAUGACAUACCCCUCGACAAGCGUAGGACCCAUAUCUGCGAGAUAUGUGGACAGGGCUUGACUAAACCCCAAUAUGUCAAAACCCAUGUUAGGAUCGUCCACAAGGGAUACCGACCAUUUGUUUGCCCGCACUGUCCCAGGGAUUUCCAAUACAAAGCCCCGCUUCAGAAGCACAUUUCCCGGGCGCACAACCCAAACCCGGAGACUAAGUCGGGAGAAAGAAAAUCUGGGAGACCAAGAGCAUUGAUCAGGAGGUUGGGGCUUAUUGAGGAAUUAAGUGGCUAUGGGUACGAAAAUUCUGGUAGACAUCUCGCGUGCCCCGUCGAUGGAUGUCGAUGGAGAUAUGCUAGAUUGUACGAUUUGAGGAAUCAUCUGGGGAGCGCGAAUGGGCACGGCUUUAGGCCGGAGCAGGUUGAUGAGCUAAUGCUUGGGCUACAGAAGGAUGGCCUGGGCGAGGGUGACGAGAUGAACGAUGAUGAUGGGAGUGGGAGUGAGUGGGAGAAUGGAGAAAUUGAGGAUGAAGAAGAAGGUUGGAGCCAGCUUGGGAGCGCGAGCGAAAGUGAAGAGUGGGGGCUAAGUGAUGAUGAUGGUGAGGAUUAGUGGGGGUUAUGCACGGAAUAUGACCCUUAGAUAUAUUUGGCUGGAGGUGGAUUGGGUUGGACUAUUUUCAUUAAAUCCUAGCUUCCGGAAUGGACUAGUGUUGAUAUAAUUAUUGGCAACCCUGCAUCGUUCCCUACAAAAUUUGAGUUUUUCACGGGUAUGUGUUUGAUUCCUAUAUUUUACCCGCAAACUUGCGAACCCAAUUCGAUUCUAAUCCUUGGCAUCAUAUCGAGCUAAGCGGUUGGAAAACUGACCCGUUCUAAGCCACGAUAUCUCGAGUCGCCAAAGUCAAAACCCAAAGUAGCACCCUUGUUUGAGCUCUCAAAGAAGAAACUAUCCUGAUACGCCUCCCCCAAAAGGACCAAACCCAAUCACAGGUUAUCACUGGUCACUCUGUGGAAGCUGAUUGUUGGAAAUAGUAGUUGAUGGCCGCACUUGGUGCGGGAUGUUCCCGCAGGUGGAGGCUGUAGUGGUCUACCAGUGCACUGCUGAAGGACGCAUAAGCUAUGAAAGCUUUUUCUGAUUCCUAUCUUUUCUUGCCUUUUCUCUUACAAGAAACUUCUUCCUGUGCUUCAAACUUUCUUCCUUUCUAUUAUCUUGUGACAAUCAAUCAUGGUCUUCAUCUUC